UUAUUAUUACUUUCUGAAUCUUGCAUUCGGUGGAAGAUUUUUCCAAUUCUGGUUCUCAUUUAUCUAUAUAAAUGGGUGUAUGAUUGUGGAGUGCAUAGAUCAGAAGAGUUGUUAACUUGUUCUUAGGGUUUUGGGUUGAUCUUUUGUGAUCAGGAAUUGAAUUUCGGAGGUUCUGAGAAUGGCAGCGGAUUCUUCUAACGGACAUCACCAAACGUCAAAGCAACCUCCUUUGCCAUCUCCCCUACGCUUUUCCAAAUUUUUUCAGUCCAACAUGAGAAUCUUGGUUACUGGAGGAGCUGGAUUCAUUGGGUCUCACCUAGUUGACAGAUUGAUGGAAAAUGAAAAAAAUGAGGUCAUUGUUGCUGACAACUACUUCACUGGAUCCAAGGACAACCUCAAAAAAUGGAUUGGUCAUCCAAGAUUUGAGCUUAUCCGUCAUGAUGUCACUGAGCCUUUGUUGAUUGAGGUUGAUCAGAUCUACCAUCUUGCAUGUCCUGCCUCUCCUAUUUUCUACAAAUACAAUCCAGUAAAGACAAUAAAGACAAAUGUGAUUGGCACACUGAACAUGCUUGGGCUUGCAAAGCGAGUGGGAGCAAGGAUUUUGCUUACGUCAACUUCAGAGGUUUAUGGGGAUCCUCUCAUACAUCCCCAACCGGAAAGCUAUUGGGGCAAUGUUAACCCUAUUGGAGUUCGUAGCUGCUAUGAUGAGGGGAAACGUGUGGCUGAGACUUUGAUGUUUGAUUAUCAUAGGCAGCAUGGGCUUGAAAUACGCAUUGCAAGAAUCUUCAACACAUAUGGACCACGCAUGAAUAUUGAUGAUGGGCGUGUUGUAAGCAACUUCAUUGCUCAAGCACUUCGGGGUGAAGGCUUGACAGUCCAAUGUCCAGGAACACAAACUCGAAGCUUCUGCUACGUCUCUGACUUGGUUGAUGGCCUUAUCCGUCUCAUGGAAGGACCCAACACUGGACCAAUCAACCUUGGAAACCCAGGUGAAUUUACAAUGAUUGAACUUGCUGAGACAGUGAAAGAGCUUAUUAAUCCAAAUGUGGAGAUAAAGAUGGUGGAGAACACUCCUGAUGAUCCACGACAGAGAAAACCAGACAUAACAAAAGCAAAGGAAUUUUUGGGCUGGGAACCAAAGGUGAAGUUGAGGGAUGGUCUUCCUCUUAUGGAAGAUGAUUUCCGUUUGAGGCUUGGAGUUGGCAAAAACAGUUAAUUUCGCUUAUUUUUGACAUUUCAAAGUUGAUAAUAAGUGAGACUAGUCUCGCUGUUUUCAAAUUUUUCAUUUUUAUAGUUAUGAUACUGAGGAACUUGGGGUGCCUGAAAUUUGGUGUCAGCAAGUGUCACAUUGUUGAAUGUCCCGUUCUUUAUUUGGCAAAAGAUUACAGCAUGUCCCUCCAAAUUUUGCAGCUUGAAAGAUCAUUGAAUUGAAAUAUAUAUUUUUCUCG